UACAAAUCAAAACCGGAAUAUAUCCUGUUCGAUUUCGGGUUUGCAAAUUUGAUUCCGGUUGUGAUCCAGUUCGAUCCGGUUUUGACUGGUGCACACUAUCAGCAACCCUAUCUCAUGCUCUCAAACUCACCUAGCAACAAUCCCCUCAAGCCGUUGGCAGGAAAAUCAAGCCCUGGACACGAAGCUAGGGAUACGCAGCAGGAAACCAGAGUAUCUUUGCCCAUCGACCCUUAAACCCCCAUAAAACCCCCCUUAAAAAAAUCCCAUCUUAAAAAAUCCAUACUGCAAAUUCAGCAAUCGAAAACCUCUGAUCAAUAGAAGCGCAAUGAAGGAGAAGGGUGCACCACCCAACAGAAGAGAACUAUACGCGCUGCUUAACAUUUCCCCUGAAGCUUCCACUGAGGAAAUUCGUAAAGCUUAUCGCCACUUGGCCCAUGUCUACCAUCCCGAUAAAUAUCAAGCUCCUCAGAUGAAGGAUAUUGCGACAGAGAAUUUCCAAAGGAUAUGCGAAGCUUAUGAGAUUUUGUGCGAUGAAACAAAGCGGGAAAUAUAUGACAUCUAUGGGAUGGAGGGAUUAACAUCUGGUUUGGAACUCGGCCCCCACCUGAACAAAGCUGAAGAAAUCAAAGAAGAGAUUGAGAGGCUAAGGAGGAGGAAGGAACUAGAAAAGGUUGCUGUCCAUGUCCAACCUUCUGGUUCAGUUCUAGCAAAUUUGUCAUUGCCACAGUUUUUAGAGGGUGAUGGCCUUAUGAAAGGAAUGGCUAUGGCCAGUGAAAUUCAAACCCAAAUAUCCAAACACAAUGUAAUUUCUCUUGGUGGGAAUUUAGCAGUUAAUGGGGAUGCUGGUGGUGGUGCUGCUUCUGCUACCUUUCGGCAUCAGAUGUCAUCUGUUUCUUCAAUUGAGUUCAUGGCCUCUGCUGGUUUGCGGGCCCUAUUAGGGGUACAGACAUCUCGCCAAUUAUCUCCUUAUUCUAAUGCUUCAAUGGGUCUUGCUGUGUCUUUAAGAGAUGGUUCCAUUAAUCUUUCCAAUACUUGGACUCGUCAACUUACACAUACAGCUAAUGGGAAUAUCCAGCUUGUAUUAGGUGAAGACUCACAUGUAGCUGUUGGUUGGCAGAAAAAAGAUGAGAAAAUGUCUGCUGCUGGAAAGAUCAAGCUUGGCACAAGUUCCAUUGGGGCAAUAGCUCAUUACACGCACCACUUUACCUCAAAAUCUCAUGGGCGCAUUGCUGGCAGAGUUGGAAGCAAUGCACUUGAAUUAGAAGUGGGUGCUGGGAGAAAAGUAUCAGAGUUCAGCACAAUCAGAAUGCUUUAUACAAUAGGAAUUCAGGGCAUCUUCUGGAAAUUUGAAUUGCAUCGUGGAGAGCAAAGGCUAAUUGUUCCAAUACUGAUUUCGAGGCAGUUGAACCUUAUGUUUGCAACUAGCGCCUUCUUUGUUCCAACAUCAUUGUACUUUCUUCUUGAGACAUAUGUUUUGAAACCUUAUUUUCUCAAACGGGAAAAGCAAAAGGCAUUGGAGAGUGGUGAAAAAACUCUCGCUCAUGUUCGAGAGGCAAGAGCAGCAGCUGUGAAAGCCCAGCAACUAUUGGAGAAUGUCACAAAUAGAAAAAGAAAGCGCCAGGAAGAAACUGGCGGACUUGUUGUGACAAAGGCAAUGUACGGGAGCCGUGAAGCACUGAAGGACCGAACUGAAAAAAGUGCAGAAAGUGAUGAAGUUAGUUUGAAAAUCUUUGAUGUUACCCUGCCUUUGAAUUUCUUGGUGAACGAUUCAGGACAACUAAAGCUGCAUGAGGGCGUGAAGAAAUCUGGAAUAAUGGGCUUCUGUGAUAUAUGUCCUGGAGAAGCUAAGCAAUUGUAUGUGGAGUAUACGUUAGGAUGCCAUAAAUUUGAGGUGACGGUUGAUGAUUAUGAAGAGUUGAUUUUACCCCUGGAAGUACACAGAAUUUGACUUCCACCUGGCAUUCUGUAAAAGAAUAAGGAUCUCGGCUGUAAAUUACUGCGUUUCAAUUUUUCUAACCCAUUUGUUACUAAUCUGUAGAAUUUACUCUUUGAAUAUAAAAGAACAAUACAUGAGUCCAUGACGUGAUGUGAGGAAAGAAAAAAUUACAGUUUCAGUCACUCAUUUCUUGGGUUGUGAGUAGGGAUGGACUGGGCCCG